AUGUUUUCAGAGGAGCCGAUCUCUUUGGAAGAAGCCGCCCUGAACGCGAACGACGUGAUGGUGGCACCGAGUCGGAAGUCGUAUGUUCACGGCUGUUCGACAGUUCCACUUCUCUUCGAGACAGUCGGAGAUCGACUUCGUUCGGCAGUCGAUCAGGUUCCCGACAAAGAGUUUCUAAUUUUUAAACGAGAGGGAAUCAGAAAGACUUACUCGCAAGUCGCCACCGAUGCAGAGAACCUGGCUUGCGGGCUCCUCCACUUGGGAUUGAACAAAGGGGAUCGUAUUGGAAUCUGGGGACCAAACACCUAUGAGUGGACCACAACUCAAUUCGCCACCGCUUUGGCUGGAAUGGUUCUUGUCAACAUCAACCCAUCUUAUCAGUCAGAAGAACUUCGAUAUGCUAUCGAAAAAGUAGGAAUCAGAGCAUUGAUCACACCACCUGGAUUCAAGAAAUCCAACUAUUAUCAGAGUAUUAAGGAUAUUCUCCCAGAAGUAACUCUAAAAGAGCCAGGAAAGAGUGGAAUCUCCUCCAGAAACUUCUCAUGCUUCCAACAUUUAAUCAUGUUUGACGAAGAAGAUAAAAUCUAUCCAGGAGCCUGGAAAUACACGGACGUCAUGAAGAUGGGAACAGAAGAAGAUCGGCAUCAUCUCUCAAAGAUUGAGAGAGAAACUCAACCAGAUGAUGCUUUGAAUAUUCAAUACACGAGUGGAACAACUGGACAACCGAAAGGAGCCACUCUCACUCAUCACAAUGUUCUCAAUAAUGCAUUCUUUGUGGGUCUUCGUGCCGGUUAUAGUGAGAAGAAGACAAUCAUCUGCAUUCCAAAUCCGCUUUAUCACUGUUUCGGAUGUGUUAUGGGAGUGUUAGCUGCUCUCACUCAUCUCCAAACUUGUGUGUUCCCAGCUCCUUCGUUUGAUGCUCUUGCUGCUCUUCAAGCCAUCCACGAGGAGAAAUGUACAGCUCUUUACGGAACACCAACAAUGUUCAUCGAUAUGAUCAAUCAUCCAGAAUACAAUAACUAUAAUUAUGAUUCAAUCAGAAGUGGCUUCAUCGCCGGAGCCCCAUGUCCUAUCACUCUUUGCCGUCGAUUAGUUCAAGAUAUGCAUAUGACGGAUAUGCAAGUAUGUUACGGUACAACUGAAACCUCUCCAGUGUCUUUCAUGUCAACUCGUGAUGAUCCGCCAGAGCAAAGAAUCAAAUCAGUUGGACACAUUAUGGAUCAUUUGGAAGCUGCAAUUAUAGAUAAGAGAAAUUGCAUUGUGCCACGUGGAGUCAAGGGAGAAGUCAUUGUUCGUGGAUACUCAGUCAUGCGUUGUUACUGGAACAGUGAGGAGCAGACGAAGAAGGAAAUCACUCAAGACAGAUGGUAUCACACUGGAGAUAUUGCAGUUAUGCAUGAUAAUGGAACCAUUUCAAUCGUGGGACGUUCGAAGGAUAUGAUUGUUCGUGGAGGAGAGAAUAUCUAUCCAACUGAAGUAGAGCAGUUCUUGUUCAAGCAUCAAUCUGUGGAAGAUGUUCAUAUUGUUGGAGUUCCAGACGAAAGAUUCGGAGAGGUGGUUUGCGCUUGGGUGAGAUUGCACGAGAGUGCCGAAGGUAAAACCACAGAAGAAGAUAUCAAAGCGUGGUGCAAGGGAAAAAUCGCUCACUUCAAAAUCCCUCGCUACAUUCUCUUCAAGAAGGAGCACGAAUUCCCAUUGACCGUCACCGGAAAAGUGAAAAAGUUCGAGAUUCGUGAGAUGUCGAAAAUCGAAUUGGGUCUUCAACAAGUCGUCUCUCACUUCUCCGAGCUUUAA